AUAACUUGUCCAAUAUGACACCGCGUGGCUUGACCGCGCAAAAACUUAACAACCCUAAAUUUUGUCAGUCAGUCACGCAAAAACGAGAAUUGUUGUCAGACUGAUUGGUUAAGAGUUACUCACUUCACCCUCCUGCAGUCGCUGGUAGAGCUCCCGAGAAAAUAAUCAGUCAGUUUACGGUAGCUGUUUUAGCUAACUUCAUUUCUUUCUUUUAACUUCCAACGCGAAAUUCUGGAAAUGUCGAAUUUGACGAAUAGUAACGAAUAUAUAUACGAUUUGCCAGCGGCUGGAAUGAAUGAAUUUACGCGAGUUAUGGAUUCGUUACCGCUCUCAGACUGGUUGAGAUUUGCUUCUCAAGUAAUAUCCAAUCAGACAGAACUACGCCUAGUGGAGCUAAGUAGCAGACGCACGGAAACACUAAUGGGCAAAUGGGGUUGUAGAAACGGUACCGUUGACGACCUCUUAGACGUUCUUCAAAGCCUGGAGCUUCUGAGGCCGCGAGAUAUUAUUCUUAAAUGGAGGCAUGCUCCGCAGCCUAGCUCUGUCACACCCCCCUCCAGAUUUCUACUGCAGCCCCCCUCCUGCACUCUUCUGCCCUCGUCACUGUUUACCUCAUCCAAAGGCAUCACUCAGACUCAUCCCAAGCCUGAGAACCAGUCACUGCCCAAGCCUGGACCUCCCCCCCCUCAUCUGGAGUCGGGACGUUUUUCUGCACAGCAAACGCACAGCACAGCAAAAGAAGAGGUAGCUGAUAACGACUGUUUGCAACAGUCCUGCAAGUGCCAUGUGGACCGCCCAUCUUUGUUCACUGGUGCCUUGAGCUGGCCCUUUGAAGAAGUGCAGCAAGGUACAGACAACUUCUCAGCAGUGCGGCAGAUCGGAGAGGGAGGUUUCGGCCACGUGUACCGUGCUUCCAUGAAGAACACAGAUUUUGCAGUCAAGAGGCUGAAAGAGGGUUCCCAAAUGGGUUGGAGUGUGGUGAGGGAAAGUUUUACAACUGAGGUGGAAAGACUCUCACAAUACAGACACCCCAACAUAGUGGACUUGGUUGGCUAUAGUGUGGGAGGAGGAACAUAUUGCCUCAUAUAUGUCUACAUGCCUAGUGGGUCUUUAGAGGACUGGCUGCGUUGUAAGAAUAGUACUGCCCUCUGCUGGAUGCAGCGUGUAAAUAUAUUAUUGGGUUCAGCGAAAGCUAUUCAGUACCUCCAUUCUUCCUCCCCUGCACUAAUACAUGGCGAUGUCAAAAGCUCCAAUAUCCUUCUAGGGGAACACCUGGAACCAAAGCUGGGGGAUUUUGGCAUGGCACGGCUGUGCCACAGCCCCAGCAGAACUCCAGGCAAAACGAGCACUGUGGCUCAGACUGCGACGGUGCGUGGAACUCUGGCGUACCUGCCAGAAGAGUACCUAAAGGAUGGCCAACUGGGUGUGGCAAUUGAUGUCUACAGCUUUGGAGUGGUGGUGUUGGAGGUGCUCACUGGGCGAAGGGCUUUAGAAACGGACAAGCAAUCAAAGACUGUCUACCUGAAAGACCUGGUGACAGAAGUGGAGGAUAAUGAGAGAGACUUCAGUAAAAGGAAGUAUUCUCAGGAGACAGGCUUUUCUCAGGCAGCGGAAAACAUCUGUACAAAACAUCUGGAUCCUAAACUGCUGAAAGACGGCUUGUCUGCCCCUCAUGGGUCCAGGGAAAUCUCUCAGCUGGCCUGCCGCUGCCUAGACCGACGAAGAAAGAAAAGACCUCUGAUGACCGAGAAUAUUCUGUUUUACCAGGUCUUUAAAACGGUUGAAGAUGUGUAUGCAGGCUUGAAGGACUUCUGCAGAUCUGGCAUAGUCAAAACAUCUCCUGCUCCUCCCCAUCUAUCUCCCCCAAACUCACUGCGCUCUGACAACUGCUCUCUGGACUCUCUCACUCAUCGCUUCUCUAAGCUCGGUCCCCAAGAGGACACUUACUGCUGCACCCACAAACAUAGCUCCCCCUGUCCCUCUUCGGCAGUGACUCAUUCACAAGACCCCAAGUCAGGAAGAAGUGAAGGAUCAUGGAAUGAGCUGCAUAACUCUGUUCAUGCACCCUGUGAAUCUGAUGAGAGUCAGGGCUUCUCGCAGUGUUGGGCGUCUCCAUGCGCAUCUCAGAGCAAUAAAUGUCCUGGUGGACACGGCGAUCUUAAUGUCUCACAGUCAAGUAGCUUCUCAAUAGUUACACCACCCCUAUCCAGUGUCAGUUCAGAUGAGAGAGUUGUUAUUAAUCCAGUCAGGCAGCGCUUUGUAGAGAAAAUGGCACUUUAUGAGGAAGGCAGAAUCCCAACUUCAGACCUUCUGUCAUCAGCCACUCCAUAUGAAGUGAGGAAUACUCAAACAAGGGAACCAGAAGAGAGCGAUGAGUUUGCUAGCUAGGCCACUGGAACUGACUCAUACUGAAGUUCAAGGCCAGCACUUACUCCCUCUCCUGCUGAGGUACAGCAAUAGAACCAACGCUUAAGAAGAAAUCAGACACAACAGACUUUAGGUGGUGGUCGCGACUUCCUAAAAUUAAAGUUCUCAACAGCAAAUGGUUACUUUGACUACUACUGUCUACUAUUGAACUACAGACAAUAAUAUACAUGACAAAAGCAAAUUGUGUGUUAUGUAACCACUGCAUUGCAGAAUGCUCAUUUAUGAACUAUGACAAGAAUGUGCAGUAUUGUUGUGAGAUUUAAUGUUGAAACUCUUAAAAAGGGACACUGGAUAAGGUGCAUGUACUAAGUUUAGCACCAGGGCUUAGAAUGUCUUAUUCAAUAAAGACUGAACACACACUGGUAAAAUCUGGCCAUCAGCCAGGUUCAACAUAUUAUGGGCAGUCCUUACACUUAAACAUCAUGUGUAAUGUACUUUUAAAUAUGUGUAUUUGGCUGAUUGAUUUAAUGUG